AUGGAUAUGGAGGCGGUUCCGUCGUCUAGGGAUUUGUUGAAAUGUUGCGACUGUGCGUGUAGUUGUUGUUUUAAUGCUGAUCAAUAUUCUGGGACUUGGAUGAGAUCGGUUAAACGGAAGCAUGAUGAGUUUAAGAUGGAUUGUCAGUUAUUGGUGCCGUCGGUUGCGCGGGUUGAGAUUGGGAAUGAAGUUAUAGCUUUGCGUGAGAUGGUUAACGUGCAGCAGAAAACUAUUCAGGAUAUGAAUGAGGAGUUGGAGGAGGAGAGGAAUUCUUCGUCCACGGCUGCAAAUGAGGCGAUGUCGAUGAUCUUGAGGUUGCAGAGGGAGAAGGCGGAGAUUCAAAUGGAAGCGAGGCAGUUCAAGCGUUUUGCGGAGGAGAAAAUGAUGCAUGAUCAGGAGGAACUUAUGUCGUUGGAGGAUUUGUUGUAUAAGAGAGAACAGAUUAUUCAGUCACUUACGUGUGAGGUUCAGGCUUACAAGCAUAGGAUGAUGAGUUUUGGGUACUCUGAGGAUGAAGUCGAGGGUGAUCAAUAUGAUGACAUUUCUCCCUAUGAGUACCCUCCUUUAAAAUGUAAUGUCAUGCAUCAUGCCAUGGAUGGUGAUAAUGACGACACUGAUGUUGAGAAAUAUGUAUUUGGUGAUACUCCUAAUGAUCGUUUGAGGAACUUGGAGAAUAGGAUUUCUAAAAUGGAGAAAAUUCCCACUUACAGCCAGGUGGAUGGGGAUUAUACAGGAAAAAAUGUUCUAGAGAAAGUGAUUGUUGGACCAUCUCCAAGUUUGUCGAGGAGGCAUUCGAGGAAAGUUUCCUCUGAAAUAGGUCUUGAGUUCCCUACGGAGUCUCCAAAGAACAAUAGCAACUCUAAGAAAGAUUAUUUCUCUCAGCCAGAUGACCAUUCCAAUUUGAAGAAGGUAGAUAAUGCUUCAGAAGGUUCCAAAGCUGAAGCUUUCGAAGAUUACACAACUCCGCCAAAGGAAUCAGGGAAUCAUCAUGCUGAUUUUGAGGAUCCCUACAUAAGGAAGCUUUACCUGAGGCUUCAGGCACUUGAGGCUGAUAGGGAAUCGAUGAGGCAGGCAAUCAUUUCAAUGAGCACAGAUAAAGCACAGGUUGUGUUACUGAAGGAAAUAGCUCAGCAUUUGUGCAAGGAGAUGACACCGCAAAGAAAAAUGACUACGAGCAAAUCACAUAUCACUGCAAGAUAUCCAUUAAUGUCAAUUUUUAAGUGGAUCACAUCAAUUGUUUUUUGGAGAAAGAAAGCUCAUGAAAGCAAGUAUAUGUUCGGGCUCCCGGCCGACAGUAUGGGCUUGCUGCUGCUCCUUGACAAAAGAACUCAUGCAAGACCAUGGAGAUGUAUUUCAAGUACACAAGUGGGAGAUUAG